AUGGCGGACCCCAUCAAAUGUGCCUACACGGCACAGGCCCUCGGCCCCUUCUACACCGGCGCCACGCCCGCAGCGUUUGCGCGCGACUCGGCGGUGGUGGCCACGCCCUUGGACGAUGCGGUCAUUGUCACCGACUUGGCCUCGGACCGGCGGUUGCACACGUUGGCCGGUGACGGUGAAAGCGUGUCUGCGUUGGCCAUGACGCCAGACGGCACGUGGCUCGCGGUGGUGUCGCAGAGCCAGCAGCUCCGCGUGUACGACAUGCGUUCGGGCGCGCUCUGCAAGCUGCACAAGUUCGGCGCGCCUGUGUACAUGGCGGCGGCGGACGGCACGUCGUCGCUCUUUGCGUUCGGCGCCACGGACGGGCUUGUGUGCGUGUGGGACAUUGCCGGCGGCUACGUGACGCACGCGCUCAAGGGGCACGGCGCCACGGUGUGCGCGUUGGCGUUCGCGGGCCGCCUCCACCUGGCCGCGUGGCAGCUCGCGUCCGGCGACACCAUGGGCACCAGCAAGGUGUGGGACCUUGUGGCGCGCCGCUGCGUGGCCUCGGCCGCGGAGCACAGCGGCGCGGUGCGCGGCGUGGCGUUCCUGGCGGACGGCCAGCACUUCUUGACCGCCGGCCGCGACGAGGUGGCCGUGCUCUACCGCACCAGCAACUUGCGGCGGCCCGUGGCCACGCUCGCGGUGCGCCACCUGGUCGAGGCGUGCGGCUUCGUGGCGGCCGCGGGCAGGCUGCUCUUCUACACGGCCGGCACCGGCGCGCACUUGCGGCUCUGGGACCUUGCCGGCCGCCCCGCGGGUGGCUCGCGCGUGCCGUUGGCCACGCUGGAGGAGACCGUGGCCACGCACGUGGCGCCCACGCGCGGCGGCGCGCACUUGGCCAUGGUGCUCAGCGACCAGACGCUCGUGGACUUGGCGCUCGAAAACGCGCAGGCCCAGCCCGGCGCCAAUGCCGUGGCCGUGCCCACUGCGCGGCUUAUUGCGGGCAACCACGGCAUUGUGGCGGACCUCCGGCGCGCCGGCCCGGGCUUGGCGUGCGUGGCCUUGGCCACCAACGCGCCCGCCUUGCGCAUCGUGGACCCGCGCCGCCCGCUCGACGUGCAGCUCUGCGAGGGCCACACGGACUUGCUCAACUGCUUGGACGUGUCGCCCGACGGGCUUUGGAUCCUCACGGGCAGCAAGGACCACGACGCGCGCUUGUGGCGCCACCUGGCCGCGGCCGGCCGCUUCGAGUUGCACUGCACGUUCGCGGGCCACGCGGGCGCCGUGACCGCGUGUGCGUUGCCGCGGGCGGCGGCCGCGGCGCCCGCGUUCGUGGUGACCGCGUCCGCGGACUUGACCGUCAAGCGUUGGGCGGUGCCGGCGCAGGCGGGCGCCACGGUGCGCAGCAGCGAGUACACGCGGCGCGCGCACGACAAGGACAUUAAUGCCGUGGCCAUGGCGCCCAACGACGCGCUCUUCGCCACGGCGUCGUUCGACAAGACCGCCAAGGUGUGGGACGCGGCCAGCGGCGACACCGUGGGCGUCUUGCGCGGCCAUCGCCGCGGCUUGUGGGACGUGAGCUUCUGCCAGUACGACCGCAUGGUGGCCACGGCCGCGGGCGACAAGUCCGUCAAGGUGUGGCUGUUGCACGACUACUCGUGCACGCGCACCUUGGAGGGCCACACCAACGCGGUGCAGCGCGUGCGCUUCUCCAGCAAGAACCGCCAGGUGGUCAGCUGCGGCGCGGACGGCUUGGUCAAGGUGUGGGACCUCAAGGACAGCGACUGCGUGGCCACGCUCGACAACCACGCCAACCGUAUCUGGGCCAUGGACGUGAGCGCCGACGGCGCGCACAUCGUAUCCGCGGACGCGGACGGCCACAUGAGCUUCUGGGCCGACGCCACGGACGCGCUCGCGGCCCAGCGCCAGCUCGACCUUAAGCAGCGCGUGGAGCAGGAGCAGGCCUUGGCCAACUGCGUGGGGCGCCGUGACUGGAGCUCCGCGUUCUUGCUCGCCUUGACCUUGGACCACCUGAUGCGCGUGUACAACGUGGUCAAGCUGCUGAUUGCGGCGCCUGCCGACCGCGGCCUGCCGGUGGGGUGCCGCCUGCUCGAGGCCACCAUGAAGGCGCUCGACCCGCUGCAGAUGGCCGCGCUCCUCAAGCGCGUGCGCGACUGGAACAUCAACUUCAAACAGUUCGAGAUCGCGCAAAAGGUGCUUGCGGUGGUGCUCGCCCGCCUCGACAUGGCCGACCCCGACAUGCGCCGGGCCGUGGACCUGAUCGUGCCGUACAACGAGCGCCACUUCCUGCGGCUCGACGCCAUGCUCGAGGAGACCUACGUGCUUGACUACGUGGUGCAGGAGAUGGAGCGGGCCUAG